AUGUUGCAGGUUAAAGCGGUGACUGACCUUUCCCCUCUCCAUGAGAUUCCUGUGCAUGAGAUGAACGCCCGCCUUGAUCGGAUUGAGGUCAUAGAAAAGAAGAUUGCCGCAAUGGAGCCACCCUGGCCUACUUUGAAUCAUAUCCAGUUCUGCUACCUUAUGGGAAUGCCACUUGAAGAUCUCCGGACCGUUUCCAAUUUAGGAGGAUUUUAUGUUUUUAACGCUAUCCACGGACUUGGGGAACUCACCACUCAUUUCUUCAAGCGUGACAAGUACACUGUCCUAUCUCCUCCGCCUUCAACCAGCCCGGCACCAAAAGAUUCUGCUCCGUCAAGCACCCGAUCCCAAAGGACACAAGUUCCGCGGACCCAAUCAACGAUCGAUGAGUGUAAAAGACUGGAUCAGUACCGGUGCAUCGUCACUGGCCUGGCUAAUCCUGAAGCCUGCCAUAUUGUUCCUUUUCAUUGGAACCAAGACCGAGAUCAUCUGGAGAAGACCGAGAAAAUUCUCAAAAACGUCGGGUUCAUCGUCUUUGAUCAACAGUCCUCGGCUGCCAACUCUACACACAAGGAAAUCAUCGAAGAAGUCAAAUCGAGCGAUAAGCCUUGGAAUCUUCUGUGUCUCAGUCCUCAGCUCCAUACGUGGUGGGGCAGAGCCUAUUUCGGCUUGAAGUGCUAUGGCGCAGUGUUAUGCGAGGAUGAUCCCAACUAUUCGAUCAUCUCCCUCCAAUUUGUCUGGAUGCCUUCCAAUGUCAAAGCCAUGGCUACAGAUCAUAUUGAUCUGAGAGCGCAGAGGAAUCCAUCGACAGCUUUGAGGGCUCACCUCACCCAUCGUUACGGCGACGGUCCACUUUCAGCGUGCACAACAAAAAAUUGCACCCAAUGCCGGGAGACCCUGGGUGUGCAGUGUCAUGAUAUAUCAAACAAUCGACCUGUUGAGUCUGGUACCAUCGUCAAAGUCAAGCGCCUCACAAAAGACCGGCGUUUGCUUGAGCAUGUGAUCAAGCUCCAGUGGUCCAUCAUCUGUGCUGCUGCCCUGUCAGGUGGACCUCUUAUCGGCGACGACGCCGUGUCAUCGGAUAGUGAAGAGGAGGAGAUGGGAUACUGGGAGGAGGACGGACAGGAAGACAGUAUCGACAAGGUUAACGAGUGGCUUGAGCUACAAAACUCUGAGGAUGGGGCGUCAGCGUCCUCUAAGCUUAGGGUCGGAUAUCCUAAAUCUGUCUAA